AUGGGUCGAAGCACCUGGGCGGUUCGGUUGGCUUCCCUUCUCGCGUUUGGUUUGGUGCUCGGCUCCGUCGAGGCCAGCCUCGGGGAUGUUGAUCCGCGCUACAGAACUUGCGUGAGGGAGUGUCAAACUACAGGGAUUAUUGGGGAGAACGUCAUCAGCCAUUGUCAGUCCAAAGAGAACGAUACUUCUGUUGGAGGCUCUUGGUAUAACCAGGAGCAAAUUUACAUCCAGUGGAAACAACUGAACUGUAGGACAGACUGUCGCUACUUUUGCAUGAUGCAAAGAGAAGGGGAACGACAGUCACUUGGUCUGAGCCCCGUUAAAUAUCAUGGAAAGUGGCCAUUCUUACGUGUUUCUGUGUUCCAGGAACCCCUUUCAGCUGCACUAUCUGCUAUCAACCUACUGACGCACUUCACUGGCUGGCUUUCAUUUUUCCUUCUAGUGAGUUACAAAUUGCCUCUUAGAGCCCAGACCAAGAGAACUUACUACGAAUAUACUAGCUUGUGGCAUAUCUAUGCAAUCUUAUCAAUGAAUGCAUGGUUCUGGAGCACUAUUUUCCAUACUCGAGACAUUGACUUGACUGAGAAAUUGGACUAUUCUUCACCUGUGGCCCUGCUUGGCUACUCGUUAAUCCUUUCAUUGCUAAGGGCUUUCAAUGUCAAGGAUGAGGCUACCAGGGUGAUGUUUGCAGCCCCUAUUUUGGCAUUCGUUACGACGCACAUCUUGUAUCUUAACUUCUAUGAGCUUGACUAUGGUUGGAACAUGAAAGUUUGUGUGGUGAUGGCUGUGGUUCAACUUCUGACGUGGGCAGUUUGGGCUGGUGUAAGCCGGCAUCCAUCACGGCUGAAGCUCUGGACAGUUGUUUUUGGAGGAGCACUGGCCAUGCUUCUUGAACUCUACGACUUCCCUCCAUACAUGGGUUAUGCCGACGCCCAUUCACUGUGGCAUGCAAGCACCAUUCCACUCACCUAUCUCUGGUGGAGCUUCAUCAAGGACGAUGCCAAAUUCCGCACGUCAAUGCUCAUCAAGAAGGCAAAGUAA